CGGGGGUUGAGGCUUCUGGGAGGGAGAGCAAGGGAGGAAGACUGUGACUCUAGGUGGUUGAGUGCUGCUUUUUUGCUCACCUCCCUCCCCAGGUGCCCGCGGUGAUGUGGGCCGCCCUGAGGUUAGUCUUGCGAUCAUUCGCCCGCGCCCGUGCCCCCGGGCUGCGCGCCUAUCAUGGGGACUCGGUGACUACGCUUGGCACCCAGCCGGACUCAAGCUCCGCCAUCUACCAGGAAAACUAUGAACAGAUGAAAGCACUAGUGAAUCAACUCCAUGAACGAGCACAGUCUGUAAGACUAGGAGGUGGUGAGAAAGCCCGGGCACUUCACAUAUCAAGAGGAAAACUGUUACCCAGAGAAAGAAUUGACAAUCUUAUAGACCCAGGGUCUCCGUUUCUGGAAUUUUCUCAGUUUGCAGGUUACCAGCUGUAUGAUAAUGAGGCGGUUCCUGCAGGUGGCAUUAUUACAGGCAUUGGAAGAGUAUCAGGAGUGGAAUGUAUGAUUGUUGCUAAUGAUGCCACUGUCAAAGGAGGUACCUACUACCCAGUGACUGUGAAAAACAUGUACGGGCACAAGAAAUUGCACUGCAAAAACAGGCUUACGUGCAUCUACUUGGUUGAUUCAGGAGGGGCAAAUUUACCUCGACAAGCAGAUGUAUUUCCAGAUCGAGAUCACUUUGGCCGCAUAUUUUAUAAUCAGGCAAUUAUGUCUUCUAAAAAUAUUACACAGAUUGCGGUUGUCAUGGGCUCCUGUACGGCCGGCGGUGCUUACCUGCCUGCAAUGGCUGAUGAAAACAUCAUUGUACGCAAACAGGGUACCAUUUUCUUGGCAGGCCCCCCUUUGGUUAAAGCAGCAACUGGAGAAGAGGUGUCAGCUGAGGAUCUUGGAGGUGCUGAUCUUCAUUGCAGAAAGUCUGGAGUGACUGACCACUACGCUUUGGAUGAUAACCAUGCCCUUCACUUAGCUAGGAAGGCUGUGAGGAAUCUAAAUUAUCAAAAGAAAUUGGAUGUUAACAUUGAACCUUCUGAAGAUCCUUUAUUUCCUGCUGAUGAAUUAUAUGGAAUAGUUGGUGCCAACCUUAAGAGGAACUUUGAUGUCCGAGAGGUCAUUGCUAGAAUUGUGGAUGGAAGCAGAUUCAAUGAAUUCAAAGCCUUCUAUGGAGACACAUUAGUCACAGGAUUUGCUAGAAUAUUUGGGUACCCAGUAGGCAUCAUUGGGAACAAUGGUGUUCUCUUUUCUGAAUCUGCAAAAAAGGGUGCUCACUUCAUCCAGUUAUGCUGCCAAAGAAAUAUUCCUCUGCUGUUCCUUCAAAACGUUACUGGAUUUAUGGUGGGUAGAGACUAUGAAGCUGAAGGAAUUGCCAAGGACGGUGCCAAGAUGGUGACUGCAGUAGCCUGUGCCAAUGUGCCUAAGAUAACCGUCAUCAUUGGGGGAUCAUAUGGGGCUGGAAACUAUGGGAUGUGUGGCAGAGCAUACAGUCCAAGAUUUCUCUACAUGUGGCCAAAUGCUCGUAUCUCGGUGAUGGGAGGAGAACAGGCUGCCAAUGUGUUAGCAACAGUAGCAAGGGACCAAAAAGCACGGGAGGGAAAACAGUUCUCCAGUGCAGAUGAAGCAGCUUUAAAAGAGCCCAUCAUUAAGAGGUUUGAAGAGGAAGGAAACCCUUACUAUUCCAGUGCCAGGCUGUGGGAUGACGGGAUUAUUGACCCAGCAGACACCAGACUGGUCCUGGGACUCAGUAUUAGUGCCGCCCUCAAUGCACCAAUCCAGAGGACUGACUUUGGCACCUUUAGGAUGUAACUGGAGGAUAAUGCGUUUUCCACUGGACAUGUGCUGAACAUUAGCGCAUUGGUGGCCUUAGCAUUUUAGACUCUUUAAACACAUGACUGUUACAGUAAAAUUGCUUUCUUAACACAGUGCAUUGCACUUUUCUACCUUAAAAUAUCAGUGAGGAUACUGAUUUGAUGAACGCCAAUUCAUUUUAAAUUUUCUUAGAGGAAUUUUUCUGUGGCCUAGUUUUACCACCCUUAAAAGGAAGAGAAUAACUUACAGUAAUCUUUUCUAACUCACAAGUAGUAUGAAAAAUUUUGUCAUCCAUAAAUUUGAAUUAUUGAGAUUAUUAAUAUAAAGUUGUAUUUCCACUGAAAUGAUUGCUGAUUAUGCAUGAUGAUAUGUUAACACACUUAUUUUAAAAAAUCAUCUGUUACUUUUCCCUCCAGCCACUAUCCUGUCUCCUUCCCAUAACAGAUGUCUCACUGUGUGUACUCUGGGCUGUAUUUCCUAUCUCAUUCUCUCCUCACCCUACCCCUUUCUGGCUUCCACUGUCCAACAGCCCUGUCCGAUGUGCGCUGGCUUCCAUUUUGCUGAAACCAGUGGAUUCUUUCCCAUCGUUAACUGAUUUAACUCUCUGCAGCAUUUUAAUCAAACACUUCUUCCUUGAAAUGCUGUCCUUAGCUUCCAUGACAUAACACUCCAGGUUUUUACCAACCUCUUGGCAUUCUUUUUCUAUUUCCUUUAUAGGCCCCUGUUCUUCUACUGAUUCUUUUCCUUCCCUUUCAUGUACUUUGUUCUGAUUUUUCAUUAGUAAUACAUGAAUACAUUGUUUUAAAAAGUAUAAACAAUACAUAAAUAUCUCCUCAUUCUUAAAUGUGUUCAUUUCUCCUGGUUUGAUUUAUUCUCAUGGGCCUAUUUUAGCCCCUCUCUGGCUUCAGUUGGCAUCUAAAUAUGGAUGAUUGACAGUUCUUAACAUAGUUCUCCCCUGAGCUCCAGACCUGCUUAUCUAACAGAGCUGUUGGAUUUCUACACUGGUUGUCUGACAGGAGCCUCAGACUUGUCAUCAAGAUGUGUUGAUUUUGCCUCCUGACUAUCUGGAAUUCCCCUUUUUAUUUUUGUCUUUUAUUACCACAGACCUCUGAAGUGGUCUCCCUGCCUCCACUCUUACUUAGCCCAAUCUGUUCAUCACUUUAGUUAAAAUGGCCAUUCGAAAGUGAUCUGGUCAUGCUCCUCCCUUACUUAAAACCCUUCAGAGGUUUCCUGUAAGAAGAAGUACCAAGCCCUAAUUCCCUCCAUUGUCUUGAUUGUCACUUCUUCAGUCUCAUCUCCUUGAUUCCUCUUGCACACACAGGGCCAUAGCCAUUUUAGACAUAUUCUGGUUCCUUGAACCAAGUCCUUCCCGCCUUACGGUCUACGAAGUUCCCUCUACCUGAACUGUUCUACUCUCUUUCCUUCCUCUCUCCUCUUUCCUUCCUCUCUCCUUUCUGCUUAAGCAUUUGGUUCUCUCAAUUUGAGUCCUACUUCCUCAGGGAUGUCUCUAUGACUUCCCUGGACUGGGUUAGGUACCCUGCUUUAUGCUCUUAUAAAGCACCAUCCAUUUUCUUUGUCACUAACUCAUCACGUUAUCAUAAACAUUUCUUUAGUCUCACCCUUCUGCAAGAAUGUAAGCUCUUUGAGGGCAAGAAUCCUCCUGUUUACUGUGUAUCUCCAAUGAGUGGCACUCUGUAAGUACUCAAAUGUUUGUUGAAUGAAUGAAAAAAACCCAUAUUGUAAUUGAUAUAGUCAGUUCAUGUCAUUUUAAAAAUAGGUAAUUGAUUAUAUAAUGUAAUACAACCGUCAUACUUUUUUGUAAUAAAAUUAAUAUGUCAACCA